AUGGAGUGGAACUUCGUCGGAGAAAGUCCUACUAAACCAGUGGCGGACUCUUCUAGCUCCAGUACAAGUAGUGUCCACGAACGUGGGGAACCAGUGUCCCAAGCCAUAGUCGACACGCUCAUCGAGCCCACGGCGGAUCCUAAUCAUAGAGACGAAACAUCUGGGAGGGCACCGUCAUCCUACGCGGCGGACUCUUCUAGCUCCAGUGCAAAUAUUGCUCGUAAACGUGGAGAACAACUGUCCCGGGCCAUAGUCGACACGCUCAUCGAGCUCGGGGCGGAUCCUAAUCAUACAGACGAGACAUCCGGGAGGACACCAUUAUCCUACGCCGCAGAAAAGGGACGAGAAGAGGUAGUAGCUGCACUACUCGAGGCCGGCGCCGAUAUCAAUGCAAGAGACAGUCGUAGAAGAAGUGCUUUGCACUAUGCAUCCAUCAAUGGCCACGUAGACGUUGUCCGGACGUUAUUGCAGGAUGAGAGAAUCCAUAUGCAGCAUCGCGACGGGGACCGGUGCACCCCGCUGAUAUAUGCUGCUGCGCACAGACAUAUUCAAAUAGUGGAGUUGAUCGUUCAAUCUCUAGGAGAUCACGAUGACAUCAGACUUGAGGUCCGAUAUCUCGCCUUCCUCGAUUGGCGCAACUCAGCUUUGAACGGAUUAACGCGUGAAGAACUUGAGAGCAUUAUUCUAGCGGGUUUCAACGUGUAUGCUCUCAACGAUCAUAAUAGUGAUAAAUAA